CAUAUAAAUUGUAUAAUCGUAGUAUAAUCGUAAUGUUCAAAAUAGGAUUUAUGUGUUUUUAACAGAAUACGAUGUAUUUAAUUGAUAUGGAUAUUUGUAAACUGUGCGAUAAAAAAAAAAUCGGGAUUUCCGUUCUUGGCAUCGGAGUCAUCGCUAACGGUUACGAAUUAAUCAACUGACACACGCAUAAGAUGGCUAUGAAUGUUAGUCUGGACCCCAAUAACCCUGAUGACAAGUGCAGUCGCUAUGAGGUUUUGUCCUGGAUCAAUGAAACAUUACAGACUCAUUUUACUCAAGUGGAGCAAUGUCGUUCAGGUGCUUGUUUUUGCCAGCUUAUGGACUUGCUCUUCCCAGGGUCCAUAGACAUGAGCAAAGUAAAGUUUGAGUCCCAAAAGAGGACUGAUUUUAAACAGAACUACAGUCUUCUGCAGGCGGCUUUCCAAAAAAACGGAAUAAAACAGCAAGUCCCUGUGAAGCAGCUUCUCACAGGAAAGUUUAGACCCAAUUUCACCUUUCUGAAAUGGUUCAGGAAAUUUUUCUUUGCCAAUGAGAGACGAGGGAGAGAGUACAACCCAGUUGAAGCUCGUAACGGUCAGGAUAUUGUACAGGUAGAUGAACCUGUUAAAUCUCCAAGAUCCUGGAAAAAUCCACGUGAAUCUGGCAUAGUAAGAGACGAGUCUGACAAAGACAUGGAACUGAAUGGAAGGAGAGAACCUUUGAAUUACGAUUCUAAAUGGGAAAGAACCUUCAAGUGGAUCAGAGCCAGUAAUAUGGGAGACAACUGUGCUUAUUGCACUUUGUGUGACUCCAAUAUCAUUCUACAUGCAGGUUUUUUUGAUCUGAAGCGUCACCAGCAGACUCAGAAGCAUAUGAAGCGUGAGAUGGGAGGUUUAAAUUCAUCUGGCAGAAAAAAGAUAGAAAACUCUAUUCCCUUUAGUGAAACCAUGCUUCUUUUCAUUCAAAACCAUUGCCUCUCCAGUUUACCCUCAAGGAUCAACAAGGUCUCCCAGCGUACUGCAAGCUACGUCCUCGGCCUAAAUUAUCCAAAUGAUAUUGUUUCUGCUUGUAAGAUGAAUCCCUACUGUAUCUAUAUAUAUGGUCAGGUGCCGCUUGAUGCAGAAAGCAGAGAAAGAACCUCCUGCCAUGUGGUGCUAGUGGGCUUUUUUGAGGAAAAGCGAGCAAGAUAUUGUAUCCGACUCCUUGAUGUCUUUCAGGCGGAAGAUGGUAGCUCUGUAUCUGGAUGCUUACACAAUGUCCUUCAAAAAUUUGAGCUUCCUGCUGGCAACAUGGUUGCUUUCUACGUUAAUGACCAAGAACAGACCUCAGGAAGUGUUGUGACACACAUCCAGGAGCUCAACCCACGGGUGAUUGAUCUCGGAGGACUUUACAGCAUACCUGACUCUGCCUGCAGUGCUGGCCUACGAGCUCACUCCAGUCAGGUUCAGGAACUUAUUGCCAACAUCUAUGAACACUUCUCAACUUGUUCCACCAGCAACGACAACAUCAAGGUGCUGUUUGCGGGCAUUGAAGGACUAAGAGACACCAGCGCUCCCCUCUCACACAGUUGUGAGGAGUUUUGUGUGCUCGUUCAAAGAAUGCUUGAAAUGUGGAGUGAUUUGGUAUCAUAUUUCACUUCCUGCGAUGAAAAUAAUGAUAAAGCUAAGCAAAUUUGUUCGCAGUUGGAGAAUCCUAAAAUUAGGAUCACCUUGAUGUUCCUGGAUCAUGCUCUUGGACCACUCCGUGCCUUCGAGCAGCACCUGCAACAAAGCAAAGGCUCUGUUCGUGCCGAUCUUGUCCAGAUCCUUCGAGAAGCAAGUGGACUCCUACGUUCGUAUGCCUCCAGCUUUCUGCGCCCCCAAGCGGUCAUACGCUACCUGAAGGAACGAGACCCAGCCAUCCUGGAGAACUCCACAUUCUGCCUUCCUGCUACUGAGCUCAGUCUGGGAGGUGUGGUAGAAGACUUCAUCUCUGCCAGAGAAGAAGAGCUAGCAGAUUCCUUUAAUGUGUUCCAUGAUGAGUGUUUAGCUUUCUACAAAACUCUUACAACCUCCAUCGCUGACAGUAUACCUCUGAGCGAUAGUGUCCUGAGAGGCAUUUCACAGCUCCUCAGCCCAGCUGGAAGAUUGAAGGUCACAGGAAAGAGUAUAGUUGACCUUGCUGUACAAUUUGGCAUAUGCUCCAAACCUGAGGAUUCUGCUAAACUCACAGAUGAGUUCUUGGAAUACCAGCUUGUAGAAGAUGAAGAAGACACAACCCUUCCUCUGGAGCAAUACUGGUGUAAUGUGCUAAAGACUUUUCCACCAGAAUCCAUCUUCAAGAGACUUGUCCUCUGUUUUUUGAUUUUGCCCUGUCCAUCUCUUGAAGCAGAAAAGAUCUUUGCACAGGCUGUUGAAAAUGGAGAUGUUGCUCAUUGGGAUGAUAGUUCAGAGGAUAGUGACACAGAUUUUACAAAAGAGCUGGAUUCCAAUGAUGACUCCUCUCUAGACCACACUGAAGUCAAGACAUCACCUAUGAGAAAUGGCCAAAUGAAAAAAAACAGAGGUAGCACAGCAGAGAUGGUUCAACACUCAGUCACAGUGAAGCCGUGUGUGGUGCGACUGGAGAAGAUCACCAGUCAGAGAGAAAUGGAUUUAAGGAAAAAUGGAGCCGAUGAUGAUAUCUGGACUAGUGGCACGAUGCAUGAGGGCUCCGUUAGGGGGAUUUAUGGUUGGGAGAGCAGCUUACGGCAGAAACCACAAGAACGUAAAGUCUUUCAGGCUGGUACAGGCACCUGGAGCAAACCGGUGAACCCAGACAAGGACGGCAAACCCGAGGUGGUUAAGAACAAUGCUCGUUCAUCUGCAUCAAAUUCGACACCAAGCCCCAGAUCUGGAAAGAGAGAACAAGCAUACCACGAUGGAAAAGGUUAUGCCAUUGGAGAGCUUGUUUGGGGAAAAGUAAAAGGCUUCUCUUGGUGGCCUGGACUGGUGGUGGUGUGGAAGGGCCGGGUGCUUCCUGUGUCUAUGAGGCGUGUGGAGUGGUUUGGAGAUGGCAUGUUUUCAGAGAUUCAUACAGAGGGACUGCAGCCCUUCGCUGCGUUUGCAAAGUGCUUUUGUAGUAAGUCCUAUGAAGGUCUGCCUACCUACAAGAAUGCCAUCUAUCAAAUCCUAGAGUUGGCAGCAGAGCGCUGUGGGAAGAAUUUCCCCCCCUCGGAGAAGAAAGGGGAAGAGGUGAAGGCCAUGCUGGAUUGGGCAUUUGGAGGCUUCCAGCCCAUGGGUCCUGAUGGAUUUUUGCCUCCUGUGGACAGCUCUGCCAGUAAAACGGAGUCUGAUUCUUCAGUGUCUGAUUACCAGCCUCCAGCCAAGAGGAAGUAUGUCUUCAAGAACAGGCAGUCAGCUCAAGAUUACACCAGAGAUCAAAUGGUCCAUGAAGUCACCGUUAAAGGCAGAAACAUUGAAGAUUUCUGCCUGUCCUGUGGAACUGCCAACACUGAAAUUUUCCAUCCACUUUUUGAGGGAAGCCUUUGUUUUAAGUGCAAGGAGAACUUUACAGAAACACUGUACAGGUAUGAUGAUGAUGGCUAUCAGUCAUACUGCACCGUGUGCUGCGCCGGACAAGAGGUCAUUCUCUGUGGAAAUGCCAGCUGCUGCAGGUGUUUCUGUAAAGACUGUUUGAAUAUGCUGGUGGGAGCUGGGACGUUUGAUAAGCUGAAGGAGGUUGACCCAUGGAGCUGUUACAUUUGCCUGCCCUCUAAGUGCUACGGCGUGCUCAAGCUCAGGCCUGACUGGAGUGUUCGUGUCCAGGAGUAUUUUGCCAAUAACAGUGCCUUUGAAUUUGAGCCACACCGAGUGUAUCCUUCUAUUCCAGCUCAUAAGCGUCGGCCAAUCAGAGUCCUCUCUCUGUUUGAUGGGAUUGCAACAGGCUAUCUGGUCUUAAAAGACUUGGGCUUUAAGGUGGAGCGCUACAUUGCCUCUGAGAUCUGUGAAGACUCCAUUGCUGUUGGGAUGAUCAAACAUGAGGGCCAGAUUGAAUAUGUGAAAGAUGUGCGCACCAUCACAAGGAAACAUUUGGCCGAGUGGGGUCCAUUUGACCUCCUGAUUGGUGGAAGUCCAUGUAAUGACCUGGCCAUGGUGAAUCCAGCCAGAAAAGGUCUUUUUGAAGGCACAGGUCGGCUGUUCUUUGAGUAUUACCGCAUGUUAACUAUGAUGAGGCCAAGAGAGGAUGAUGAUCGCCCCUUUUUCUGGCUCUUUGAGAACGUAGUAGCCAUGAGUGCUCAUGACAAGGCUGAUAUCUGUCGUUUCCUGGAGUGUAAUCCUGUGAUGAUUGAUGCUGUGAAAGUAAGCCCAGCCCACAGGGCUCGCUACUUCUGGGGAAAUUUACCUGGAAUGAACCGACCACUUGCGACUUCACUCACUGAUAAAGUAGAACUGCAGGACUGCCUGGAGGUCGGACGAACCGCAAUGUUCAGCAAAGUUCGCACUAUCACCACCAAGUCCAACUCCAUCAAACAAGGGAAGAUGGGGCCUCUGCCGGUCACCAUGAAUGGAAAAGAGGACUAUCUUUGGUGCACUGAAAUGGAGAGAAUAUUUGGGUUUCCAAAGCAUUACACCGAUGUGAACAAUAUGGGGCGAGGACAUAGGCAGAAGCUGCUUGGGCGGUCCUGGAGCGUUCCCGUGAUCCGACACCUCUUUGCCCCUUUGAAGGAUUACUUUGCUUGCGAGUAAACCACCAUCUGGUCCAGGCAGCACUGGCACUGGAGGUCCAAAUUAAGUCUCUCAGAUAAAUGAAUUUGAUUUUCUUUUUAUUUUAGUUUUUCUCCCUGCAGAUUCUGACCUCAGAAUAUUGCCAAAUUUUAAUGUUGCAUUUGUUCUCAAGUUCAGAAAGCAUGUUAUCCUGAUGAUUUAUUCUUGGAACGCACAGCCACUUUUGGAUUGGAUUUUCUUAAGUACUGUCAUUUUUAACUUGUACAUUUUAAAGUGAUUUUUAUGCUGGAGAGAGCCACACGAUACUCCACCCACUACCUCAGUGCCAUUCUGUGAUUUGUUCAUUGUCUGGAGGAAUGCCGCUUUAUGCCUAUUUAUAAUAAGUUAAUAUUAGUUUGGUUUGGUUUAGCAGUUUUAAACUUAUGUCAUCUUUUUAGAGCACAUUUUU